AUGGGGUCAAAGGGGACCAUCAUCGUCACGGGAGCCAACGGCGGACUUGGCUCCGCCAUCGUGCAGAACAUCCUCGGCACUCCAGAGCUGGCCUCGAACUACACCGGCGUGUAUGCUGUGCGAAAGGCCGCGACGGCGACGAAGCUCAACGCGGCGCUGUCUCGGGCCCCGGCAAAUCACAAGCAUGAGACGGUGGCAGUCGAUCUUGGUUCAUUGGCGGAUAUCAGAAAAGUGGCCACGGACAUCAAUGACAAGGUGGCCAAGGGCGAUUUGCCUAGGAUCCGGGCCCUGAUCUUGAAUGCCGGAUAUCAAGACCACGCGGGCAUUGCCAUGAGCAGAGAUGGCUUCGAAAUGUCAUGGCAAGUCAACUUUCUGUCCAAUCUGCUCUUGUCGCUGCUCCUCCUCCAGAGCAUGGAUGCGCAAGAGGGCCGCAUUCUCCUUAUUGGCAGCUGGGCCCAUAACAUAGAAGACAAGCGCAACGAUGUAACGGCCGCAUACAAGGAUCCCAGAUACCCAACUCUGUAUCCAGGCGUAGAAGCUCUUGCCAAAGGUGAAUGGAGCAGACCAGAAGAAGACCCAACGACCAACUCGGGUUUCCGCCGAUACGGGGCCAGCAAGCUCUGCGCCAUAAUGUUGUGCGAGGAAUUGGCAAGCCGCAUAGCCAAGGAUCCCAAGCUGAGCAACAUCUCCGUCAUCGACUUGGACCCGGGCGGCAUGCCCACCGGCAUUGCCCGCAGAGCUGGCUUUCUCAUCAGCUUCGUCGUCAUGAAGCUCGUGCUGCCCGUCAUCACCGAGGUGAGCGUGCGAGUGAAGCCCAAUGGCGUCCUCAGGGCUCCGUGGAAGAGCGCUGCGGACGCCAUCAGGGCUUGCUUCGAGAUUGAGGCUCACCGCGGCGAGGUGUUGCAUCUGGACGGCACGGCGACGGAUCUGCUGGUCGCAAAGGAGGCAAAAGACGAGGCGAAGAGAAGGGAAGUGUGGGAAUACGGCUUGAAGGCAGCGCACAUUGAAGAAGGGGACACUGUUUUGGUGGAUUGGAAGUAG